UUUCAUUUCUUAUUUCUUACACACACAGAGAGCCACAUUGAUUCACUCCACCCACCAUAAAAAAGCUUCAAACUUUUUCCACCCCAUUUCUUCUUCUCUUCUUAAUCACCGAUCUGCGGUUGUUGGGUAAACAAAACAACGCUUCUCGACCAUGAUAAGGAGCAUAAUCCAAGACAUGAGGUCUCGUUCUCACCGCGUGGUUCAGGACUUGUCUUCCAUGGAAGAAGAUUCAGCACUUUCAGAGUUGAUCUCCGGAUGGGUUGAGGCAGAGUUGCUGGGCGGAGUUUGCCGGAGCUGGAGACACAUCACUAAAGAGAUCGUUAAGACUCCUGAGCUAUCAGCAAAAUUAACCUUCCCAAUUUCUGUUAAACAGCCUGGUCCAAGGGAGCAUCUCCUCCAGUGCUUUAUAAGGCGCAACCGGUCCACCCAAACAUACUAUUUGUAUCUUAGCUUAUCUAAUACACUAUCUGAAGAUGGCAAGUUCCUUUUGGCUGCACGCAAAUGCAGACGUCCCACCUGCACAGAUUAUAUCAUCUCUCUGCAUGCAGACGACAUGUCAAAGGGAAGCAACACCUAUGUUGGAAAACUGAGAUCAAAUUUUCUCGGAACCAAGUUCACAAUCUAUGAUGGGCAGCCUCCCCAUGCCCGGGCAAAGAUUACAAAAAGUCGCUCCACCAGGCUGGUGAAUUUAAAACAAGUUGCACCCAAGGUUCCUACAGGCAAUUAUCCAGUGGCUCACAUAUCAUAUGAAUUGAAUGUGCUAGGCUCUAGGGGGCCUAGGAGAAUGAACUGCAUCAUGGAUUCCCUUCCUGCUUCAGCAAUUGAACCGGGAGGGGUGGCCCCUACACAGACCGAGUUUUCCCUCAGCAAUGCAGAUAUGUUCCCCACAUUCCCUUUUUUUCGAUCGAGGUCAAAUCGUGUUGACAACUCCCUUUCUGGACCCCUGGCUAAUCAAAAGGAUGGGGUUCUGGUGUUAAAAAACAAGGCUCCCAGGUGGCACGAGCAGCUGCAGUGUUGGUGCUUGAACUUUCAUGGGCGGGUGACAAUUGCUUCGGUUAAAAACUUUCAGCUGGUGGCUUCCCCAGAAAAUGGACCUGCUGGACCAGAACAUGAUAAGAUCAUACUCCAAUUUGGAAAAGUUGGGAAGGAUCUGUUUACAAUGGAUUAUCGAUAUCCUAUCUCAGCAUUUCAGGCAUUUGCAAUCUGCCUCAGCAGCUUUGAUACCAAGAUUGCGUGUGAAUGACAUUUGAACAGCUCUCAGCCAUAUUGACAUUGCUAUGAGGCUGGAGAAGCUAGGUUGAAUCCCACUUGGUGGGAAUCUAUCUCUAGAAAACCGUUUGGUAAAGGUGAUUGUUGGUUGGUGUUGAAACUGAGGUUGAAUGGAUGAGUUUCACUUGGUUCCUGGGAUCACAAGCUUCUGGGGAAGGUCACAAACAUCACAUGAAAUUGUAAUGUUCCAAUGUUGAAUCCAGUUCUCCAUGUAAAUAAAUUUAAUUCUUUUUUUCUUUUUAACUCUUUAUUUCCUUACAAUUUGCCCUCCAUUUGGUUGUUUAUACAAUACAGUGGUGGUAUCUGUUGAGAUUAUUAUGUUAGUAGGAGUAACUGCUGCAACUUUGGAUAGCCCUGACUUCAUCCUCUCAUAUGAACAUAUUAAGUGUGCAAGAGCACAAUUUCAAAAAGUUGUUUCCUCUACUUUCAUGUUA